UCGCUCGCUCCACCACCGUCGUCGUCACGACGUCGUCAAAUCUCUCUCUCUCUCUCUCUUUCCUCUGCGUCUUCUCGCUCCUGCUCUUCACUGACGCACUCGGCAUCUCCGGGAGGGACACACCGGGGAAAAAAAGGAUGAGCGUGAUCGACAUCUUGACUCGAGUGGACUCGAUCUGCAAGAAGUACGACAAGUACGACGUCGAGAAGCUCAAGGACUCCAAUGUCUCCGGCGAGGACCCCUUCGCCCGCCUCUACGCCGCCGUCGCCUCCGACAUCGACGCCGCCGAGCAGAAAGUGGAGGCCGCUUCCAACGAGAAAAACAGGGCGUCCGCGGUUGCUCUGAAUGCGGAGAUACGGCGAACCAAGGCCCGGUUGCUCGAGGAAGUGCCUAAGCUGCAGAGAUUGGCUAUGAAGAAGGUUAAAGGACUUUCAUCUGAAGAAUUUGCUGCUCGUAAUGAUUUAGUCCUUGCACUACCGGAUAGAAUUCAGAGCAUACCAGAUGGAACUGCACCUGCACCUAAAAAAGCUGGAGGUUGGACACCUUCUGCAUCACGUGCGGAAAUAAAGUUUGAUUCAGAUGGAAGAAUGGACAGUGACUAUUUCCAACAAUCCGAAGAGUCAAGUCAAUUUAGGCAAGAGUAUGAAAUGCGGAAACUGAAGCAGGAUCAAGGUCUGGAUGUGAUAGCUGAGGGUUUGGAUACAUUGAAAAAUAUGGCUCAUGAUAUGAAUGAGGAAUUGGACAGGCAGGUUCCUUUGAUGGAUGAGAUUGACUCCAAGGUGGACAAGGCAGCUUCAGACUUAAAAAAUACAAACGUCAGGCUUAAGGAUACUGUUAAUCAGCUGAGGUCUAGCCGGAAUUUCUGUAUCGAUAUAGUUCUUUUGUGUAUAAUUCUGGGUAUUGCUGCCUAUUUGUACAAUGUAUUGAAAAACUGAAAGCGGCACCUUCCUAAAGAGUUGGGUUUUCUGCUUGUUUGGUACUUUGAGGACUUCUUGUGGUGCUUGUAUUGAUUCUUUUCUCAUUGUAUAUCUGUGGUGCUCUCCCCCCUGACUCAGCAAAGGAAUUGCUAUUUCAUGAGACAAAAUUGUAGAAGCUAUCGAAAUUAUUUUCUGUCGUGUAUACCUUUUCAUUUUAUGGCUCGCCGAUGUUUUAACA